UUAAUAGGACUCGUAUUGAUAGUAGUUUUUUAAAAACUGAAACACUGUAUCCUGUAUAAAUAUUUUGAAUAAAGAAAUAAAUAUAAAAAAGUGUCUUUAACUCAUUAAUAUCUUUUUUAUAUUAUUGUAUUUUCCCUUCUUACAUGUUGCCAAAAAUCGAAACCGAUUAUACGUCACAAAAUGUUAAGCCUUUCGCGAUCUUAUUUAAUAUACUUACUAUGUUAACAAACUUAUUCAAAAGUUUUACUUUGAGGUUUUUGAAAGUCACAUGAUUGGAAUUUCCUGUAGCUAUACUUAGAUGACGAAAUAUUCUACUUGCUGAAAUUGAUCAAAAAGUUUUACGAGUAUCGUCUUGUUGUUGUUGUUUUGCGUGUGUUCCACUUGAAUGUAUUACUUCCGAUAACAAUACUCUAACACGUGUUCAUAACAUCCGUACUCCCUCAUGUUACGAAGUACAUGUUACCGCUACACAAAACUUCAACUACUGCGUGGACACAUGUGAUGAGAAAGACAUAGUAAUAUCGAUACAAACAGUGUUUCAGAUAGUGGUUUCUAAAGAAUAAUUCAUAGCAAGACAUCUGAAUACUCGCCACCAUGAAUUCUUCAAGAACUUUGAAAGUUACUGUCAAUGGGAAAAAAUAUUUAAUCACGGGCAUAGAGAAGGAAACUUCUUGUAAGGAUUUAUUAUGCGCUAUAGCUAAAGUCACACAAAAAACAGUCGAGAAUAUCAAGGAAGAACUUAAAGAAGAGAAAUCUCUACGAGGUCGUUACAGCGUAAAUACAAGUGAAUUAAAGUGUGAAGAAAAUUUGCUCGAACAAUUUAAAGGUGAUAGAAAAUUGGUCGGUGAUUAUAAAUCUUUAAGUGUUUUCAACAGUUUGGGAGAGAAUGCGAAAAUUAUAGUGAAAGAAAAAAGUACGUUUGAGAAAGAUAUACGUGUGGACGAGUUAGCGAAAGUUUGUAAAAAAAAGAAGAGAAAAGAAAAGACAAAAGAUAAAAAACACAAAUUCGAAGAAAACGAUAGGAAGUCACACAAACAUAAAAACAAAAAAAACACGGGGAAACAUUUUGUAUGUGACGUAACAUCGAAGGUCAAUACACGAGUAGGCCGAAAACAUCGAAGUGUCGAUGACUCAGAUAUUGACAGUUACAAACAGGAUACCCUUACUCGAUUAAAAAAAAGAAAAAACCGAGCACAUGACGACUUAGACAUAGACGUAUAUCAGAAUUUGUUUAGCAUAGUUCUUGAUCAAAAUAAAACAUUGAAUAAACUACAGAGUCAAUCUAAAGAAGUCAAAAAGACUGCUUGGAUUAAUGAACUUCGCAGAACUUCUCAAGUGUAUUAUAUUGAUGAUGAAAACUCACAUGAAAUCAUGACAGAAAAGAGAAGUAUGGAAACACGUGUUUUUGAAAAGGACGAUGGGAACGAUAGCGGCUUGCCUUCUCCUGAAUAUGACUCCUCCGAAUCCCAAGAACAUCAACCAAUCUCAACUCUUAGACGCAGAUCACGUGAACUUAUAAAUAAUAAGGAAAUAAUAAAAACAUCGCAUCAAAUUACCGACAGUGUUCUAAAAGAAAACGUCGUGAAAGAUAAACAAAGCUUUACAUCAAAUCAAAACAACUCAAUACAAAACCACAAUAAACUUGAAAAAGAAUGUAAUAGUUUACCGAACGAUCAAAGCGUUAAUACGCAGAAUGAAAAUAAACUUAACAAAACUUUUGUUGUGAAAAUAAAUCAAAAUCAUAAAUUAAAAGUUAACAAUAAAAACGAUCAAAUUAAUAAAACACAAGCAACUGAGGAUUUAAAUCAAAGUCAGGAAGAAUCGGAAAACCUUAUGUCUCAAAUCACCGUCACUACGGUAAACUCAUUAAAAAACAACUUUGUGGGGGACAUUAGCAGGAACAAUGUUAUUUUAGAUUGCAACGAAAAUGUCAUUACCAAAACAACAAGCGAAGGUGAAGCAACACGAAUGAUGGUAGCGUUUGAUGCAGCCUUACUUCAGCAGUCUGCUGCACAGAAUAAUAAAAAACUGGAAAAAAAGAAAAUAAAGAAGACCGAUAUAUCUGAUCCUGUUUUAUUAACAACGAGUACUUAUAAAAGACAUAAAAGUUUAAAAAAGGUUGAAACUCUGUUGGGGUUGCAGACGGCAGAUGUUUUACGUGAAGAGAUGUUGAUCUCGAAGUCACAAACGGUCGACGAAGAGAAAAAAGAAAAACAGAAGUUUUAUAAUAAAAAACUGAAAGAAAUCAGAAGGAGUAUGAGAUUAAAAAACAGUAAAAGUACCACUGAACCAGAGUAUUUAUCGAAGGAAAUAUUUGGUGAGGAAAAAAAAGAACGCGUUGAAGUACUGGAGUUUAACGUGUUUGAGAAGAAAACGAAAAAUAAAAAUAAAAACAAGAAAGCGAAGAAUAAUGAAGGAAAAAAUAAGUCUAAAAAGGAAGAGGAAAAGAAAACAGUACAGUCGAAAACAAAAGAGACUAAAAUCCAAUCUUUAGGGGAGAAUAAUACACAAAAGAAUGAUAAAGACGUUGGAACACCAAAGGAUAAUGACGAAAAAAUUGUGAAUGAUAUUACGAAUAUAAACAAUCAAGAAACUUUAGAAGUGGAUGCAAAAAUAGAACAUGGUCAUAUAAUAACAACAUUACGAGAAAAUCAACAAAACAAAGAUGAAACCCAUAGCAACGAAACAGAACAAAAGAAAACAAACAGUAGAGCCACCUGCGAUAAUAAAAAUAUUGAAAGUUUACCGAACUGCGAAAAUAAUAAUUCUGAUGAUCAAAUUUCCAGAAAAAGUUCAAGUUCAUCAGUAACUUUUCUUCCUAACCAAAAUAAUCGUUCAAGUAUUAUAUCAGAGUCUAGUGCUACAAGAUCAGAACUUGAUUCAUCUUCAGACGAUGAAGAAAUGAAAAGACAAGAACUUAUUCUUAUUUAUCAACAAGAGAAACAAAACUUAGACGAGCUAGCUCAACGACUUUCAGACUAUAAUUUGAUGAUAUCCCAGUUGCAGGAAGAGUUUGAAAUUCUUGUCGAUGAAAAACAUAAAAAUGAAACCUAUGAGGAUCUCGAGAAAGAGGAACGAGAUAUAUAUAAAGAAAUGGAAAAUAUACGAAGUUUACUUCGCUCAGUAACUGACUUAACUACCUAUCAGAGAAAGGAAAUGUCUCAGAAUCUCACCCUGUUAGAUCAGCUAGACAUUGAUGUUAGGACUAAAAAAGCUGGUUAUGAAAAUUUAAAGAGCGGGAAUUGGAAAACGAGCGCCCAAUUAGCACCAAGAUGGCUUAUAAAGAAACAUAAAGCACAAAAUGGUACUCCUAGUAACAAACAAAGGGGUUCCAGUUUUGUAUGAGAUUCCUAUAUAUAUACAUCUAUAUCUACAUCUAUACAUAUAAAUAUAUAUAUAUAUAUAUAUACAGAAUAAAUUUUAUCUUAUUUUUUUUAUAACAAAAGAU